CCGCGGGGCGCCCGCUCGGCCCCAUGGACGCCUUCAGCGCUGCCAAGGCCAAGAUGGGGGCGAAGAGCGGCGGCGAGGCGGCGGCGGCGGGAGUGGCCGCGCCUCAGCCCGCCGUGCCGGCCCCCAGCCCCGCCGGUCCCGGCUCGCCCGCCGCGCUCGAGCCCGCUGCCUACAAGCUGGAGGACCUGGAGACCCUGGCCACCGUGGGCACAGGUACCUUUGGACGUGUUCAUCUGGUGAAGGAAAAAAUGGGCAAGCGUUACUUUGCACUGAAAGUAAUGAGCAUUCCUGACGUCAUUCGGCUGAAGCAAGAGCAACAUGUGCACAAUGAAAAGUCUGUCUUGAAAGAAGUCAACCACCCUUUUUUGAUCAGAUUAUUUUGGACCAACCACGAUGAACGUUUUUUAUAUAUGUUAAUGGAGUAUGUGCCAGGAGGGGAACUUUUUAGUUACCUGCGCAACAUGGGGCGUUUCAACAACAGCACAGGACUGUUUUACUCAACGGAAAUUAUUUGUGCAAUAGAAUACCUGCACUCCAAAGAAAUAGUUUACAGAGACUUAAAACCUGAAAAUAUAUUACUAGACAAGGAAGGACAUAUCAAGCUUACUGACUUCGGAUUUGCAAAAAAACUGGUGGACAGAACGUGGACUCUCUGUGGCACUCCUGAGUACCUUGCACCAGAAGUUAUACAAAGUAAAGGCCAUGGAAGAGCUGUGGAUUGGUGGGCCCUGGGAAUUCUUAUAUUUGAGAUGUUGUCAGGGUUUCCUCCAUUUUUUGAUGACAAUCCAUUUGGUAUAUAUCAGAAGAUUCUUGCUGGCAAAAUAGAUUUCCCAAGGCAUUUGGAUUUAUAUGUAAAAGACCUUAUUAAGAAGCUGCUUGUGGUUGACAGAACAAGACGACUGGGAAAUAUGAAGAAUGGAGCAGAUGAUGUGAAGAGACAUCGAUGGUUCAGGUCUAUAGACUGGGAUGCUGUACCUCAAAGGAGACUAAAGCCUCCCAUAGUGCCCAAAGUAUCCAAUGAUGGGGAUACGUCCAAUUUUGAAGCUUAUCCUGAAGAUGACUGGAACAAGACACCUCCGGUACCUCCUAAAGAUCUAGAAAUUUUCAAGAACUUCUGAGUGUUACAUCUACACUGGACAAGGAAACUGGAGUGUGAAGAGCAAGUCUGAAGAACAAUGGAGUUCAGAUAUAAAAGAUGAUUUUCUUUGUGGCUAAGAAUGAUACUGCAUUCAGAUAUGUGUAUUAGUCAAUGUCAUAAAAGAUGGAGGCAGGCAGGAAUAAUUUUUUGCUGUAAACAUUUGACUUUAGUUUAUUAAAUUGUAAUAAUGAUAGUCUACUCUGAAGUAGACUAAGUAAAAUGAUAUUUUUAGGAUUAUUUUUUUUAACUUAUGGUUGAAUUAAGUUUCCUGCUAUUCCCAGAUCCUUUUUGCAUAGUUAACUCAUAGACUUAAUUUUAUAAGUUUAUACUAAAGUUGUGUAAUUAAAAGCACAAAUUAGUAUAUAUGUAUAUAAUGGAUACAGUACAACUAAAGCACAGGAAUUGUGCAAAGAUGUAAAUUUUUGUACUUUGCAGAGUCUAUGAUUUUUAUUUUUCAAAUAAUGUUUUUCAAGAAGUUCUUUAGGAAUAAAAGUCUUAAAAAAGGAUAAAUGAGUUUUUCAUCAUCUUAUAUGCAUUUUAUAAUUCUUUGUAAAAAACAGAAAUAAUUACGUUUUAAAAGAGAUUUGUACCUAAAAUUUCCAAUGCCUCACACUUACAACCAUAGUACUUGAAAGCAGAAAGACCAGGGCAUGUUUAUUGUUGUUGAAGAUGUAUCUUACUGGCUAAUUUAUGAAGUUCUGUUACAAUUAUGUCUCUUUGAAAACCAGAAUUUUGAGUGAUUGUACACUGUCUGAAAUGAAAUUCCUCACAUGAAAACUCAGUGUAAACAUGCAAGUCAGUCCAUCCUGCUAAAAGGGCUUUAACUGGCUCUGACAGGAAUUCUUCCCUCACAAGCUUGUUGUCUUCUCCAAAUGUAAAGCAUGAGCCAUAACAGAACUUUUUUGUUAGUGAAAUAGUUAUUGUAGAAUGCUGAACACUUCAUAAUAUCAGAGGGAAGACUGAAUAUGUAGUACAGCCUUAUCUUUCUGCUGCUCCUUUUUUGAAAAUGUCCUAGUCCCUGCUGCCAGCAAUUUCAUAUGUACAGAGUUCAAACCUUAGAUGCACAGAGUCUCUUUUUUCAUCCUGUGUUAACAUCUUUCUAGCAGCUUGAGCACACUUUUUUGGAAGUACUUGCAAUAUUGAUUCAUUUUAAGUAGCACUAGAUACCAGUAUGUGCAUAUGUAUGUAUCUCUAUAUAUGGAUGCACAGAAGGAUGAAGGUAGAUUAAAUACUAGGCAGAAUCUCUUUUUUAAUUUUUUUUUCAUGUUACAUGUUGCGAUACUUGUCUUAAUAUAAGGGAGUUGAUUUUGAAGUCCUUCAAUUACAAAAAACAAGAUGACAUUUUUUAAGAUGUCGGUUUAGAUAACUUCUAGUGAAAUUACCAUAUUUAGACCUUUUUUUUUUUUUUCCUCAAAACACAUCAGCUCUCUGGAGUUCUACUACUAUGCCUUAUGGCUCUACAUAAUACUGUUUAAUUAGAUCAUACAGACAGUUUUUCCCAAAAACUACUCUCUACCUUUUUGAUCUGAAAGAGGAGGCAUUCUAGUAAUUGCUCCUAAAAUUAUCAUAUUUAUGAUUUUAUGGCAGAUCUGUUACUAGAGUCUCCUUGUGGAAAAGUGAUCUCAAUUUUUUUUUGUUUAAACCGUACAGAAGUGCUAUUGAGAACCUGUAACUUCUAGGAUAUUAGAUUAUUUCUUCAUAAAGCAAAUCUUACUAAACGAGAUUGUAUAACUCGUGUCAAAAAUGCACAAUGUGUAACAAAAUCAGGAAAUUUCAAAAUGAUAAUUCUGGAAUAUCACAACGCUGUCUUGAUGUUGUGCAAGUUGGUGGCCCCAGCUGCCACUCAGUAAAUAUUGUGUAGGAAUGUGUAAUGAAAUACAAGACAAUCCAUAGGAAAUUACAGUUUUAACCUAGUGUAAGUACCUUAUUCUCUUGGAAAAAUGAACCUGGCCCACUGUAUUUGUAUCUGUUGAAUUAGUUAUUCUAAAUCAGUUGGAAAAACUGAAACACAUAAAACACAGCUUAUUUUGUGUAAGGGGGAGCAAACAGUUGGGGAGUUUUCUUAAUGCAAGUGUAUGGUAUUUUAUGGAUUCUGAAUACUACAUACAUCAAUUUCUUAUUUGCAAAUUUACGUACUGCAAGAAAGUGUGCUAAAUAUAGGAUUUUUUUUUUUCAAAUUUCAAACGUCCUCUUCAGAUCUGAGGAAAUGAAGUUGAAAUUGAGUAAUUUGCCACAGUGGCAGUUAGAAGUUUUAAAUGCUUGAACAACAGGAGAUUGUGAAAUUUCUUUUUAUGACUCUUAUCCAUUGCUGGCAGUGGAUGCACUGACACUCGUCAUGAUGGAGACUGAGGAAGUUAAUACAAUGUUGUUAAUAAUGAUAAUCCUUUGACUUUACAUUGUUUCCGAGCCAUGUGUACAUACACCUAACUACUGACCUCGUCAGCAUGCUUUCUAGUACAAAACUGCUUUCAAUUUUUUUAAUUAAAAUUCUGAAGUAAAAAAUAAAACCAAAACAUUUUGAAGCAUUAUUUUAAGUGAUCAGUUAUUUUCUCUACAGUCCUGGACUUAAUGAGGUGUUAUUACCUGGCUGUUUUAUUUAUUUGCACAAGUGCUUCUGCUGGGACUUCAUGGCCCACUAAUGUAGUUCUGUCGGAGUGCUCAUGCAGGUAAACACUGCACUAGGAAUUCUGGAUUUAUGGAUUUUUUUAAGAAGACUAGAAGACUUAUUUUAGUUCCUAUUCAAGUAGGGUGUUACCUGAAGUUCAUUUUAUUUUAGUUCUUUCUGUUAAUGUGUACUUCUGCAUAUAGAUUGUUGCAUAAGGACUGUUGUCUUGCAAGAGAGCCCAUAGGCCUUUGAUAUUCUACAUCAGUGAACAAGAAUGUUAAAUGUUAAUAAAACAACCUUUAUUUUUGAGUUUAUAUAUAUAUAUUUUUAAUUGCCCAAUCUGAGGUUUUAAGUGAUAAAUAUGAAUUGUAAACUCAAUUGCCUUGUAACCAAAUGAUAUAAAUGCUUCAUGAUUUCAAUGAAGAACAUGCUGUAGAUUUUCCUGUAAAUGAGCUUGAUCAAUGAAUAUGUGUGCUACUGAGCUUUAACUAAUGUGAUCUUCCACUGUAGAAAGUCAUUGUUAUGGAUCAAAUAUAGGUACUAAACUAUGUUUAAAUGGAUAAACAGGGAUUUUACAGUUUUGAAAGCAAUGAAGAUAUGGCUGUUCCUCAGCCCAUCUGCUUGCCAUUCAGAAGAGUUGUAAUGCAGUGCUUCCUAUGCUAUAGAAUUAUUUUUCAGCUUUCAAUGACUGUAGCAUGAUUCCUUUUUGUACUGUACUGUGUACAGACUUCCCAUGUUUUGCACUUUUCUAUGGCAAACCUUGACUGCUUUAUAAAUACUCUGUUGUGUAGUAAGUAGUGAUAGUGGUAGCAGGCAUUUGUGUGCUGCAUAAUCAGUUUGGACUGCUCCAUUUGCGAGGUUCACUUGGGCUAAUGUUGUGUGUUGCUGGUUGCUUGUUGUAGCUCACGUGUCAGUACUGUUCAAAGUUACAAAGUCAGCCCUCAUUGCACAAUGAAAAAUCACUGUGAUCUGUACAUAAACCCUAGUAAAACUUUAUUGCUGUUUAAUUUAAUGUAAUAUCUGUCAAAUCUGGAUUCAUUUAAUAAACCUUUAUAUCUUUUCAAAUGUUUAAA